UUUUCACCGAGAGGGUGAACGCUGCAGCACCAGUUUUUAGAAACGGUCUUAACAUUUGUUUUAUACGUGGUUGGUUUUUGAACAACAGCAUUCUUAGCUCGCCAUGGCUCUGUGCGGGGGUGUCGGAGCCAUGGCUUUACCUAGCGAGCUUAUCGUUCACAUAUUCUCCUUCCUAUCCGACCGAGACAAGCUCCGGGCCUCAGCGGUGUGUUCCCGGUGGAGGGAGUGCCUAUUCUACCCGGCGCUGUGGACCGAGCUCAAGCUGCGGCUCGGUGGUGGAGGCUGCGGCUCCGAGGACACCCCGAGACUGGAGUUCCUCAUGCGGAAGUUCGGCUACUUCGUGCGGGAACUGCAGCUGGAACUUGCACCGGUGGAAGGCUACCUUUCUCCUCUGAACAGUGACUCGUCGUCCAGCCGGAUGGAGCAGCCCCCCGGUCCUGAUAACGACCCCAGGAUGGAGCAGCCCCCCGGUCCUGAUAACGACCCGCAGCUCUCUGAGCGAUGGAGAGACGCCAUGACCACCUACUUGGACCAGGUGUUGUGUGUGUUCUCCAGCAUCCGCAACAACAGAAACCUGCAGAAGCUGAGUCUCUAUGGGGACACCUGUAUUCUCCAGCAAGAGGGACUAUUGGACACCUCCAACCUGCACCAAAUUCACCAGGGGGACAAGAAGAUUAACGAAAUCCAACAGUUGUUUAUGGAGAUGUUAUCCAACAGCAGGCAGCUGCGGUGGUUGUCCUGCAGCUUCAUGCUUGGUCUGGUGACUCCUUGCUCUUUAGCCUGCCUGUCAAAUCCUUCAGCUGAGACCCUGAAGCACCUCAGUUUACUGGACCACCAGCUCGGACCCCUCAUCUCACCAUCAGAGCUUGAUCGUCUGUCUAAUCUUAAUUCUCUGGCUCUGGAUUUCUCUGAUUUGACAUCUGAGCUCUGUGGUCUGCUUGCAUCACCUCGUCGUAUUCCACUGCAUCGCCUGUCCCUGCUGCUCAACGGCGCCGCCUUGGAGUUCAAACCAUUAGAAGGGACAGCAACAGAGGACGAUUGGAAGGCACUGGUCCGUGUGAGUGCCAACCUGCGAGUGUACAUGAUGGCCCUGGAGGUCGACAGCUCAGAGCUCCUCAGAGUCCUAAAGCCCAGCCUUCCCCUGGAGCGCCUGCACCUCGACAGUUACAGCACACUGGUGUCAGAUGCUACCCUGGAGCUCAUCUCUCAGCAGUACAACAAAACGCUGACUCACUUCAUGCUCCUGAGGGAUGACCCCGACUUCCCCGACCUCAGUGUCAAUCGGAACGAAGACCCGUUAGUCCUCUUGGCUUGGAGAUGUACCCAGCUGGCUGUACUGGUGAUACACGGUUACACUGUUUGGUCCCAUAACUUGGUGGCCAUCUCUCGGCUGCGGGGUUCCAGUCUUCGCGUCCUGACUGUCUCUGAGGAGAGCAUUGACUUCGAUCCGGAUCAGUCUGUGUGCAUGGAGGGCGACCCCGUCCACAACCUGGUCAAGGAGGUUUCUCUGGGCCUGGGCCGUGUCUGGCAUCCUUGCCUGGACUCCGGCCUGGUGUUGUCCGAGCCCACCCAGCACUUCCACCGCGAGCUGCAGGCCUUUAGCAUGGGCAUGUAGGCAGGGAUGGCACAUCCAACACAUCACUGCUUAAAGUGCGUCAAGACCAGGCCAGACCAACCAAGUCCAGGUCAGCUAAGACCUCUUAAACAAAACCAAAAGCAGACCUAAGCGAGAAACCUAAACUGAAUCUUUAAACAAUCUAUUAAUUACAUUUAUGUGAACUGAUGUGAGCUGAUUGUUUUUAUUUAACUUUUAAUUUCUGUGUUUUUCUCACAGAGGUUUUAGCCAACUAUCAAACCCAACCUCUUUCCAAAUGAUUCCCUAUUUACUUGCUUUGCCUCUUGUUUAUCCAUUUAGCCAUAUUUAACCUCAUCAUGUUUCACACCCAAUUAUAACUCAAGUUGUACCAAUCUGUGAUAAUUGACCACAGACUUGCGUCAUGGCCAUUUUUAAAUUUGUCUGUGCAAGUGGGCCACUCUGCUGCUCGUCAUUUCUUCCUGUCUGACAUGGCCCAGUCUGGUCUGGUCUUGAUCUAAAAGUUUUCAGAGCUCGAUGUCUCUCCUUCACCUUAAUAACCUCCAGAGCCUCUCUAUGAUACUUUUCUUUUCCUUUGACAGUUCUGUUCUCUUUUCCUGCUCCAUGUAUGAUCUUGUUUUUCCCAUGUGAUAGUUCCCUUGCCUGUAAAGGCUUUGUGUGUAUUUAAAUACAGAUAUAUUAUCCUGCUCACAUCUAGAACAGGGCAGGCAGGCGGGUUGAGAAAGAGACCGGUUGGGUGGGAAAGUGUGUUCUGACACAAGCUUCUAGCUUUAGUUUGGAGAGAUUUUUUUUUUCUUUCCUUUUUUUUCUUUUGCUCUUUGUCGGUCAGUCUGUCUGGAGUGGGAAUCUCCACAGUGAUGGCGCUGAUUGAGCAGGUGCUAUUUUUAACAGCAGCCAUGUCAGUGCUUUGUCUCAGAGUUAUGGUCAUUGUAAACAAAGUGGCGUUUCAAAGCCAAAUGGUUUUAUUUAAGCACCUUAAUGAUGGUGUUAAGGAGAAUAUUGUUACAUGCUUGCAGCAAACACACUUCCCACCUAGCUCACUUUGCGAUAAACCUCAUGAGUAGAUUAAAUAGGGAGUCUGUCUUCCGAAUGACAUUCAUAGCCAAACUGUCAGAAUCAACCCGGCACAAUACUCGGUUACAUUUUGAUUUGUCGUGAGCCUAUUGUAAAUCUUGGCAUCUUCUUUUCUCUAGUCGGGAUGAAUAUAGCUGACUUUGAUCUCCCCCAGAGGUCGAAACGUUUUGACUAGCACCAAUCGUUCCAGAUGCAUCAAGUCAAAAAAAAAAGAUCAGGGUGUGAACUCAUAAUGAGAGGCUCUGACAUUCAAAUUAUUUUUGCAUUAUUUAGAGAGAAAAUAAGUUUUGGUUUCAUGAUUCUCCAUUUAAUUUUGUGUGAAAGAAAUCUCUGAAUAGUUCCAAAUUCAUUGAGAGACCAGGCUUGAGCAGAACCAGUUCUCCCUGGCUCGGCAAUCUGCCAGCAGUUGUGAUUACAGGAACCAUUUUCUCAGUUUUGGGGGGUUAACAUUUCAUGAUCAAGAACGGGGAAGAGAAGAGGAUGCACUGAAUGUAACUCAACUCUCAUUUCUCAUUCAGUUAGCCAGUCAGUGUUGUGUUUAUAUUGAAGGCUAACUGUAUAGCUAUAUUUGCCACAGAAAUCUGAAUGACGCAUAUCUUGCCACAGCAGUCAUGGCUGCUGAAUAAGUGGGUUUGAUCAAUGUGGCUUUCACUUCUAGCCAAGACCAGUUAUAUUUCUGAAACCUGGCAAAACAGCACAACAAAGUUUGGGGUCAAGUGUUGUAGUUCUGUGGCGAAUACCUUCUGUCAGUCUCAGGUAGGCUUUGAACAUCACAAUGAGCCGGGCAGUGGUUGUGAUGAUAUUGAGUAGGUUGUAUGAAACAAUCACUUAGCUUAAGUCAUGUUGUUGUUUUUUUUCCUCUUGAGUCACAGUUGCCUUGGAAACAGCCCCUGUUUUAAGGACACAGUGGUUCUUGUUGUUAUUGUUUUAAAUGAUGUUGUUUGUCUUGCCAUCUGAUAAACCCUCCCUCCGCCUCGGUUGGGGGUCAGCAAACCUUAUCAUACAUUUGUUUUCAAAGAUUAAGGUUGAAAGUGACUUAAGAAUGGCAAAACCAGUCUACUUGUUGCACAUGUUUAAUAUCCAGGAGAGGUUGGCGGGCUGAGAGAAGUGUUCUGGAAAAAAUCAAUGCUGUCGAUUGAGACUUAACCUGCUGGGCCUAAUUAAUGUCUGAACUGAAUGUAGUCCAUUUUCUGGGGUGAAAUGUCUGGCACAGUGCAUCCUAGCUGGCUGUGAAACUUGCUCUUUCUUCUUCUUGGGUGAUGGCCUGGUUCUGAUUGAUUCCUAGUUGUUAAUUUAGAGAACACCUGUACCCAAACUACUGAGGUAACAUCUUUGCCCUUAUCAGUGUUGUUCAGGCUCUGUGGAAGUACAUUCAUGCCAUGUUGGGGAGCUAAGCCAGCAAUUCCAGCCACAGAUAUUGUGUUCCAGACAAACCUUAUUAUGAGCAUGACCAGGGCCAAGUUGUGUUAUAUCUGUCGCUGCAGUGUUGACAGCUGUGCGACAUCGGUGUCCUAUGAAAGCAUUUCCUGAGCUCGGCUGGGAUAUGAUCAAAGAUGUUUAGGGCUGCAGAGCACCUUUAUUCCAUAUUUAAAUACUAAACUAUAGUUUUAUUUCCUCAAUGGCUUUCAUCAGUUAAUGUGCAUUGCAGUCAGUGGCACUUUAGAGGGCAGGGUAAAGGCAUUGCAGACUGUGAAGGUCCAAGUCAGGGUCUGUAAGUAUCCAAAGUUUACCUGUGAUGGACUGAGAGGUGUGUGCCAGCACUAGUUCAGAACAAAUUGCUUUUAGUUGUGUGCCUGUGGUUACCAAACGUUCGUUCCAUCUUAAUGGUUUGACCAUGAUAAUCUCUUAGUCCUUGGUCCAUAUCUCAGGAUACAUAAUAAAUGCACUUUUGGCACCAAGAGUUUCUUUUUCAAGGCUGUGUAUAAAGAGCUGAACACUGAAGGGAUGGCGCCACCAACAGUACACAUUCAGACCAACAUAAGUUGGUUUUUAACUUAUACCCACCCCCCAAUCUCCUUUUUUUAAGAGCUCAGCUUUGCUUCUUUGCGUGAAGUUUUCACCAUGAAUAAGUAUAAUCUGAUACAGAGGGAAAAUUCACAGCAAUUCAUACAAGAAUGCCUUUUCAAAGCUGAGCAAACUGAUUUUUUUUUUUUUCAAACAGCUGAUUUUAAUGCUCUGAUUUUACAAACUCCACUCUCACCAUAGAUGUGUGCUUCCUCUACCAUUCCCUGUCUUCUCCACUCCCCUCAUGUUAUUGGCUCCACACGCUGUUUGGGCAGUCCAACCAAUGUCUGCUCAGAGUAAAAAGAGGGGCUGUGAUUUCUCCCCAGCUAAGGUCGGCUCGAGCAGAAUCAUUUUCACUUUUAAUUAUUAUGUUCCCCUUUUUACUCCUAUACAGUUACUAAAAAGCUCUUCCUCUAUGUAUGAUUAGGUUUUGUGAGAAAUAGGCAACAAAAUCAUGAAGAGAGAGUAAAGACUUGGACAAAUAUUUAAGAGACCAGGCAAGAAUUGCACAUGUCCUUUAUUAAAAGUUUGUUUUCUUUUCAAAAGUCAGACAGUUUUAGUAAAGAUGGUUUGGAUAGAGUUCUGUAUUGUUGAGAAGCGAUGAGAGAAAGUUCUGCCGGAAAGGCUUUUCUGGCAUUUGAAACUGAAUUUGACAUGCAGUGCUAUGCUACACUAUGGCAUAGCUUCAGUUGAAUAAUUACUCAGCCCUGAUCCCUGUCAACACCAUGUUGAGCUGUCUUGUGCCUGAAAGCUUCUGGAGUCUCACUGCUUUUGAAACCUCUACUCUGCCCGAGUUAUUAGCUUUGUGUUGAUUGUACCUGUUGCUGUGAUCCAUUAGUUAGCUCCCUCUUUAAGAAGGCGGUUUCAGAAGCUUCAGUAGCGUCGGCUCAUGUUUCAUCACACACACUUAAUUUAUCUUUGGGAGUGCCUGUAUUUUCUGCGCAAGUUUCAUGUUAGCUUUCAAAAGUUUAUCCAGUAGAAAUAAAUAAGGUUGUGUGAACGUGCAACAAGUUCUCCGCAGUGCAGCCGUCAUAUGUUUUCUGAAUGCUCGUGUGUAUGUGUCAGAUUUCAAGGUGUUGCUUGCUCAUGUUCAGCGGUGUAGUCUUAUCACUUCUACUGCAGCAGGAAACAGGAACAGAAAUUGUUCGUUCUCAGGGUACAAUCGGAGGGAAAGUUACAAUAGCUCAGGCCUCUAGCGCACUCGUAUGAGUGUAAGGAGUCACUGGAUCUGUUCUCCUCCCUCGAUGUGUUUAUAAGCUGCCAAAGACCACAGUGGAACAAACUGAACCCAGACACAAGUCUAUCUGAAGUGCCCAUGUACACGCACACUGGUGGGAGGCCGGUCCAGUGUUCUCUCCUACUCUACACCUCCUUACUUGCUCUUAUCUUGACUCUCCUCUCUUGGUUUCUUCCACUCUCUGACAACUCUGUUUUUUUGUGCCCAAAACUCUUCCUUUGUUAUACUGUGGACCAUACUGUGCUGGACCAGGUUAAAAAUGUCAGCAUGCUUGUUCUGUGCUUGACUUGAGCAGAAACCAGUGUGUGGCCAGAGUUGUUGUCAGUGGUUGCGCCCUUUGUUGAACAAUUUAAGAUUUCUGACAGGCUGUAUAAAAUAUGUCUUUGAGGAAAGGCACUGUUGGAAAUGUAUAUCCAAACACAUGUAAGGAAAGCAGCCUUGUUGCACAACUUGUAAUCCGGGCCAUAUUCCUGGCAGUGAAUGGCAAAGCGAGGCCAUUCGAGCACAGUGCAUUGUGCUACUGUAGUGUGACAGAUGCUUAAACAGAGAGGCGAGUUGGACUGGAGCAUUUCUCUUUCUUUCAUCACCUGUUUCACUGUGAGGAGUGACUGAAUGUAGAUCUAAGAGGACGAGGAGUUUGUUUCAAACAGAGAAAACACACAGUCAGGUACUGAGCACUCCAAUGGAUGCUUCCAGAGGCUACUUUGUGACAGAUUUUAGCUUCCCAGUAAGGCCGGUGUGUCUCGUAUGAGAUAUUGUAUUUCAAGGCUACAGCCAAGGUCAGAUAUGAUGGGAAGUGUUUAGUCUCAGGCUUUUCAGCUGAAAAGAGAUCGACUGCUAAAGAAUAGAGAACAAGACAUUCCACAUGGGGGUCGCUCAGGCUAUCUGACUUGCAACCAGUUUACUACAAAGUCUCUGCAUGAAAAUUGGACUCUAUAUAAAUAUAUACUAUAUAUUUUUUUUACUUUGAAUGAGUCAGUCUGUUGUUGAAGGGAAUCGGGGACGCAGCUUGUGUUGACAAGUCACACCACAAUACCAGCUGGUCUGAGCAGAGCCGAGGUGUGAUACUAUUUUAGAAGUGCUUGUUAACAGUGUGUCACUGCGUCAAAGGUCGACUGUGAUUCUAACAACUGUUUAAACCUUUGCUUUAACAUGAUAUUAUUUUAGCAUCUUGAGGGCCAUUUUUUUGGGGGGGGGGGGGGGGGGGGGGGUUGUGACCGGUACACUAAAGUCAUGUGAACGCAACUUACACUGACUGUGCUAAAUGUAAGAACUGGUUACUCUUGAUAGGAAUAAGUGCAUUUGAACUUUUCAGUCAGUCUCACAUUUUAAAGAUCACCUCAAUACAAUGAAGAGGUUAUUUAGCAGUUAAAUGCACAAAGACACCCCUAAGUCACAGAACAUAUUCACUAUGGAAACACAGGGGCGCCAAGAGUCUUGCCUGGGCUUAUUUAUACAGCAGAUGCAGACAGAUGUUUGUGUAUGAGAUACCAUACUGUGUCUACACAGGAAGAGGGGGUGACAUAAAACUAGCAAAGCCUUCUUUUAAAUGAGUGCAGCCACUAUAAUGACAGCUUUGAAGGCUCUACGGGAGGAAAUAUGGUUUCAGGUAUUCAGCCGACCAUAACCAAUACUAACUGUACAUUGAUGUGGCUGCUGCCAGUUCUGCCCUUUGGACCUGUCACAUGUUAAGAAUUUGUUUUCUGUGUUUUCUUUUAUGCAUUCAUAGAGGAAUCAUGGAACACAGCAGGGCCAGGCCCCUGUUGCCUGAUGAACUGAAUCCACAGAGCUGGUCUCUAAUGUAGUCCAUCUUACCUGAAGACUUUGACAGCUUCUUGAACUGUUGUGAUUGCAGAACUGUAGAUAAGCAGGGUCACAAAGAGUGGGGUUUGACACUUCUUUGCAAAUUGCCAUUGCUAAUUCCAUUGACACAAGCUGAAUGGUGAGUGUGUGUUAUUUUAGUACCAAAGCAGCAGACUGUGUCAGAUCUGCAUCAGUCUAAACACAGGCUCAGAGUCGCGGGAAAACAGUUAUAUUAUCUACUCAGGCUCAAUGUCAAAUCAAGAGUAUGUUAUGUCAUACACAGGAUGUUUGUUGUGGAAAGAAGCAUCAGAAAAAGAUGGUAGGAUGGUUCUGGGCCUAUCACCUCCCUUGAAUGAGUUUGGGAUGUUAUGCAUUUCUGAAGGGAUUUCCAUUAAGAGACAGGGUUUCCUCACCACAUUGUGACAUUUCAGAUACUUCCUGUUUGUUUUAUUUUUGUACCUAAAUGCUCAGACAACAGACUACUACCACAACAUGCAAAACUCAGAAUGGGCUGGACUCGUGCAGAAAUGUGAAGAAUCGCAUGUAACAUCCUGUUCUAUAUUAUUUCUGUGACUUGGGGAAAUACACUGGAGGUGCAAUACACUGGUAUAAAAUCCGUUCUGUGUAACAGAUACAGAUGUGUAUAAGGCUGGAUAUCAUCUCAGUGAAGGGGAGGUUCACACUGAGGGAGGCCUUUGCUGUUCGCCCCAAUGAGAUUCUUACAGGAAGUUUAGAUUCUCCAGUUUUCAAUUUCAGCCAUUGCUGACACUAAAACUAGUUUUCCAGCCAGUUUAAGAAGAUGCUCACAUGAUAACAGUGAUACAAGGUUUAUUGUUGUGCACUUGCCAUAUUAUAUUUUAACAGAAGAAACAACAAAAUGGCUCUCAUUGCAUGACCCAGCCAAUCUUUGUCAGGAGCUUUUGGAGGUCGUUGUAGCGCCUGGCUUUAUCAAGGACCUGAUAGAUAUUCAUGCUCCGUGUCAGCCAGCUAUCUUCAUUUAGGUCUCAUCGACUUUGGCUCUGAUGUUCCUGGCUGCGAAACAAAGUCUUUCUUGUCAAGUCUGGAGAGCUAAACCUCCUAAUUAGCCAGGCAGGCAGGCCUGCUGCCCAGUCCAGCUUCACAACUAUGCAAGAUGAAUGCAUAUAAUCCACUCUUUUUUUUCCUGUUUUUUAUUUCUUUUUCUCACUAUCACGCAGUUGUAAUGAAGUCGUAAACAAAUAAGAACUUGCAAUGACAAUACUUGGCCUUAUGGUGAUUUAUGUAACCUUUAUCAUUUGGUUUUAAGAUCUUUUGAUUCUGGUCAGCCAGCCCAGCGACAGCAGCGGUGACGGCAGGCUCACUCUUGGUCUCUGUGAGACUGGCUAGACGGCCCCUAGUUUUAUCGUGGUACGAAUGUUGUGCAUUUGUUUAAAAUCAGGACAGUUUGCAAUAACAGCAGUCUUUACUAGUGGCCACAAAGGGGCACAAGCAGUGCUGACAGCGCCCGGCUGCGUCUUUAGAAGUCCAUAGAGGAAGAAAUAUAAACUAUAUAAAUAGAUAUAUAAACUCUCACACCGUGCAUAUUUGUAUAGGUAUCAACAAUGCAUUACCGUGGUAAACUCUUAUGCAACACAUGUCCGGGUUCAAUUUAUGAACAUGAAGUAUAUUAUAAAAUCACAGACUUUGUAAAUCAGAAGCUACAUUGUUGUGUGUUUUCUGCGAAAAUGGUUUUACCAUCCUUACUGUUGAAUAUUCUGAGCGUUACGUUCCUGUGUGAUUGUGUUUGUUAAAGUGAGCACAUAGCAGUGGGUUAUUCUUUCUUCCUGUCAGCAGGGAGCCAGAUGUAACCAGAAACACGGCUGGACCAGUUUUCAAGUAACAGGGAGCGGAUUUUAUAUAUAUAUAUUGCACAUUUCAUUGGCUUCUUAAAAAAUGGUUUUACAAAUGGAGAUACUAACUCAACUAAAUUCUAUCUGCAGUGUCUAAACAAAUCUGCAUGGCUUCAGAAACAGCUGUUGUAGUAUUUUGGCUUUAACCAGUAAUAAAGCUCCUACCCUAAAACAUCUCCCUAUUGUCCAUCGAUGGAGCUUUGGUUUAAAAAGAAAUGUGACUGAAAUCGUAUCGAACCCUCUUGAAACCUUUUCAGCUGUGUAUUUGGUUCAGCCUGCAGGGAAAGAGUCCUCCCCCAGCUGAGAGGACAGAUGUUGUGGUAGAGAACAGUGUUGAUCCAUGGUUCUGUUGAUGAUGAGAAAAGGGAGGCAACAUUGCAAACCUCCAUGUACAACCUUUUAAUUGACAUAUGGCAUACACUUUAAGGAUCAACCUGUCGAAUGUUGAUUUGAAUUAAUGUUGAAUGAAUGCUUCUCUUCUUUUAGUCAGUGAAUAAAAGCAUUAAAAUGUU